AUGGAAACGGGGACUGCUGCACGGACAAAUGGUACCACUGGGAAGCCAGAGGAUGUGAAGAGUCCAUCUGCCCCCAAAAAAGAAGAAGAAGUGAAGAAGACCAUGAACCCGGGUGGAGGUGAGAAAGAACCUAUGAAGGGCACUGGUAGCACAUCUCUGGAGUCAGGGCAGAUCAAGAGUUCCCUCUUCUCUGGGAGUGACUGGAAGAGGCCUAUCAUUCAGUUUGUGGAAUCAUCUGAUGAGAAGAGAUCGACCUACUUCAGCAUGGAUUCAGGGGAUUCAAAGAAGAUGCAAUAUGCCAGUGGACAGAUAGUAGAUAUGAGGAGACCUCCCCUCUCCUUUACAGAUAAAGGUGAUCUCAGGAAACCCCUCUUCUCCAUGGAUUCCAAAAAGAGCUUCCUGCCUAGUGAUGGGGAGGGAAGGAAGUCCUUAUUCUCUGGUGGGCAGAUUGGGGACAUGAAGAAAACCUCCCACCCUUUGGUGGAGACAGGAGACCUCAGAAGACCCACAUUCAACAAGCCUGACAGAGCUGCUGGGUCACGGCCGAGAAUGAAGCUAGAGGAUGUUUUGUGCGAUUCCUGCAUUGAUAACAAGCAAAAGGCCGUGAAGUCCUGUUUGGUGUGCCAGGCUUCCUUCUGUGAGCUGCAUCUCAAACCCCAUCUGGAGGGAGCAGCUUUCCGGGACCACCAGCUCCUGGACCCCAUCAAGGACUUUGAAGCAAGAAAAUGCCCUGUGCAUGGGAAGACCAUGGAGCUGUUCUGUCAGACAGACCAGACGUGCAUCUGCUACCUCUGCAUGUUCCAGGAGCACAAGAACCAUAGCACAGUGACAGUGGAGAUCGAGAAAGCAGGAAAAGAGGCUGAGCUCUCACUGCAGAAAGAGCAACUGCAGCUGAAGAUCAUUGAGGUAGAAGAUGAAAUAGAUAAGUGGCAGAAGGAAAGAGACCGUAUCAAGAACUAUACCACCAAUGAGAAAGCCACAGUGGACCAGCAUUUCAAAGAGCUGAUCCGCGACCUGGAGAGGCAGAGGGAUGAAGUGAAGGCUGCCCUGGACCAGAGGGAAAAGAUUGCAUCAGAGAAUGUGAAAGAAAUCGUGGAAGAGCUGGAAGAGAGGGCAAAGCUGCUGCAGGAGGACAAGGAGAACAGGGAACAGAUCCACCAGAUCAGCGACUCUGUGCUCUUCCUGCAGGAGUUUGGGGCUUUGAUGCGGAAUUAUGUUCCUCCCCCCUCCCUCCCGACAUACAGCGUCUUGCUUGAAGGGGAGAGCAUGAGCCCAUCAAUGGGGCUCCUCAGAGAUGACCUACUCAAUGUCUGCAUGAGGCACGUGGAAAAGAUUUGCAAGGCAGACCUGGGCCGCAACUUCAUAGAAAGGAACCACAUGGAGAACGGAGGUGACCACCGGUACAUGAUGAACAACUACGAGUGGAACCAGCCGGACAACUUGAAGAGAUUUUCUAUGUUCCUGUCUCCCAAAGCCAGUUUCAACCCACGGUCAUGGGAAUUUUCCUCCUUCCAAACGACUGAGGAAACACUUGGUACGGGUAAUUCUACCUUCAGUUUGAAAGGUUAUCCUUCGAUAGUGAGACAUCAGUCUGCAAAGGUGACGCCACAGACAUGGAAAUCCUCCAAGCAGUCUGUAUUGUCACAUUACCGCCCCUUUUACGUGAACAAAGGCAAUGGAGCAACUUCCAACGAGGCACCUUGA